AUGGAUUUGUUGGGCGAUAUAGUGGAAAAGGAUACAUCCGACUCAGUUGAGAAUAAUGACAACGACGCCCUUAUUACCAACAACUCCAGGACGGGAUUUCCUGAGUUGUACAAACCCAAGAAAAUAUCAUCUUGGAAAGAAAGGUUAAGAGAGAAAAGAGCCCAGAAGAAGACUGGUGCUAAGCAGAUCGAGAAGCAACAGGCGACUACGGAUGCCCCACUAUCGGAGGCGAAAUCUAUCCAUAAUGAAAAUAUCAAAAUCUUGCAGGGAAUGACUGAUGAACAAAUAGCGCAAGAGCGUCAGGAUUUGUUUGAUUCUUUGGAUCCCGGGCUGAUUGCCAAGUUGUUGAAAAAUAUCAAUAAAAGAGCGAAAGAUGAAAACAAUGCCCCAUUAUUUGCAGAAAUAGAAGGUGCUUCUGGAACCUGGGUAGGUGGCAAUAAGCAAGGCAUAUACGACCUGCCACCUUUAGAGGAUGAAGAUGUAAACGCUGCUCUAGAGAUUAAGCCUAAGUCAGGCAUAAAUCCAAAACACGUUCAGUUUGAAGAAGAUGAUGAUGAAAAAAAUAAUGAUGAUGUCGAUGAUAUCGCGCCCCUAGAUUUCCAGAUGGCACAAAGCAUUGAUCAUAUGAAAAAUGAAGACCUAUUCAAAGACGUUCAUUUUAUCAAAGAAAACAAUCAGAAUGAAGCGGAUUUGGAAAAACUUGAUAUCAAUGAUCCUGAUUUUAAUGAUAAAUUGCAUGAAAAAUAUUUCCCCGAUUUACCAAAGGAGGUCAACAAACUAAAAUGGAUGAAAUCGGUGCAACAGGAAACAAACAAGAAUUGCAUCAUCGAAGAUGUGUCUGAAUGUAGAUUUGAUUUUAAUGGUGACCUUGUUCCGCCCACGAGGCAAAUAGACUCUACCAUCCACUCAGGAUUGCACCAUCACAGCGACUCACCUGAACUCGCUGGUUACACAAUAGUGGAAUUAGAACAUCUUGCCAGAUCUACUUUUUCCUCUCAAAGAUGCAUUGCUAUACAAACUUUGGGGAGAAUACUUUAUAAACUAGGUCAAAAGAGCUACUACCAACUAGUGCCAGAGAUAGACGCAGAAACAUACAAGGAAGAUGGAAGUAUAUCGAACGUUAUGGAUAAGAUCUAUUCCAUGUUUUGGGACUUAGUUAAAGACGGGAAAAUCGUCGAAUCACUAGAAAUCGCUUCUGAUGAAAAAUUCACUAGAAACUUGUCAGUCAGAAAUUAUGCUAUUGAUGCACUUUGGUUAUGGAAACAAGGUGGUGGGGACUUUCGAACCAAGAAAUAG